CAUUGGACGAUAAAUUGCAAGGGGCGGGGCCUUGUUUGUUGCAUACGGUGAUAACAGGAUCAUGUUUAGACCUGUCGCGAUAUGUACUGAACAGAUCAAAACAUGUGGACAAUGUGUUUGAUUUCCAGUCUUUAUUAACGUUACACAUGACACUGUGCUCUUCAUAUUAAGUUUAGAUUUCAAGCAGGCAUGUCUUCAAAAAUGUGUAGCAUCAGCGAAUUUUACAACAUCGCUACGGAAGAAUGUCAAAAGUGCUCCGAGUGUCCGAAAGAAGAUUCUGUGAUGUUCAGGUGCUCUGCAUUCAUAGACACGAUAUGUAAGAAGGAAUUCUGGAAAGAUCUGCCCGUACCUCCCCACCCUAUUCCCACCACCUCACACAUUACCCGGAGGCCGGGCACGGUGGCGGUGGAGGUAUUGCCGGAGGAAUGGACGUCUAGCCCCACGGUCCUGAUGGUGGCCACCGCCCUGUUUUUGACGGUCAUUACGGUGAUCCUGUCCAUUAUUAUCUACUGCUUGUGGAGGAGAAUAUGGAGGGCCAGUAAAGAUAAGGAAAUCGUCUACCUCCCUCGACGGUACACUGAUGUUCACGACAUGGAUGGUGAAGAGCCUCGUUACCAGCCUCUUCCCUCACGUGACCGCCUCAGGAAAACCAGCUACAUUGGAGAAAGAGUAUAUGCAAAUACCGCGACACCUAGCAUGCCAAAUACUCAUAUAUAUGUGAACAUGUUAGACAUUAUUGACAAUGAUUAUUGCAAUAUAGAUGACUACGUUAACUUGGAUUGAAAUUGCGUGAUGUAGAAAGCAACAAAUGUUCUGUCUGUGAUAUGAAGCGAGAGUUUCACAAAAACUAAUGACGCAAUAAUACUCUAACGGCAUAGCAAGCGUCCAAGACUGAAUAAAAAUGACAAAAUGCAUGACAAGUCAGUAUACAAAUUAGAAAGUGACUGAAAAAAGCCUAAUCCUCAAAAACUAUAGGGACCUUUAACCAGGAUAGAGGAUAUGGGGGUACGUCAGAAUUUAAGUCCAAGAAAUGAUGUAUGGUCGACCCGAAAUUUCCUUCGUGUGGUUUGUGUGUCCCAUCCGAAGAAUGUAAAUGCGUUGAGAGACCAGCUCAAAGACUUAGUCUAGUCACUAGUUGAAUUAAUUUAUUUAUGUGUAUAUAAAGAACGAAAAUCUGUAUAUAUUGUACUUAUUAACUUAUUUUAAACACAAUAAAAAACAUGAAAACUUUUAA